UAGACGGACAGCCUCGAGUCUUCGCUUAGAAUUGUUUGAAAAACAAUAACAAAAUUUAAAUUUUACGUAAAUAUUAUUACAAAUAUCUUGUUGCCGUGGUAGUCUUGUUACAAUGUGUUUAAACAACAUACUUAUAGAUAGUCGGCGUAAAGCGAUUAUAAAUUAUGAAUUAUAAAACUGGGCUUUCAUUAUAAUAUAUUAUUAUCAUACUAUUAUAGAGCAUAGCGCAUAAUGGGUUUCAUUGUUACAAAAGUCGUGAUCUCUGUGGACCACAGUGUGCUUAGUAUUGAGUUGGCGUUCAAUAUACUUCAAAGAAAAGUUUUCGCUGACAAUAAAUUGGACGUAUUCAUUUUAACUUUAGACGUGAACGAAGUAAAUGAAACGGUUGAACAUAUUAAGAAAUGCUGUUUCUCCAACUUGAAUGAAAUAAUCGUGACCGGAGAUUAUCUAGAGGCAUUCUCGAAGGCCGACUAUCUCCUAUUAAAGACUAAUUUGAACGCGGCGGACCACAAGGUUUUCGAAAACGUCCAAAACUUAGAGCAUGUUUUCAUAAAGGCCAAAUCAUUCGAUCUUCUGGCAAACCCGAACGCCAGGAUCGUUGUAAUGGGACAGUGGUCAAAUACGUGGUUACAGAUAUUUGCGGAAGUGGUGACACGCCUGGACAAGUGCAACUUUACCGGUUUGUCUAGACAUCACGUGAGUAAAGCAUUGGGGCUCAUCGCACGAAAACUUGACUGUGAAAUGCAAGAACUAUCGGACGUAUUCGUUUGGGGAAAACAUUACUUGGAUAUAACAGAUGCUAAGAAAAAAACGAAAUUUGGACCAGGAAAAUAUGAUUUGCAAUGUACGGUGAAAAAGCAGAAUGUUAUGGAUCUCUUGCCUUCGAAUUGGAUCGACAAUUUUUUUACGCCACAGUUUGUAUGCACCACUCACUUAGAAGUACAAACCGUCAAAACCUACAGACAAUGCGUUAUAUCGGCGGUUUGCCAUCACAUAAUCGACUGGUGUAGGGGCACAGGUGACAGAACAGUGUGCAUGACGCUUCUCGUACAUAGUCCCGGAAACAUUAACGAUUGCGUUUUCUCAUCAUACCCAGUGGUCAUCAGCAAAUCUGGAAAAAUAUCUGUUCGAGACAUUGAACCGGAUUCGCUACAAUUUGUAAAGUUGUACAGAUAUUUUGAAAAUCAACAAAAAGAAAGGUGUCUUAUUCGCAAUUACAUUAAUGAUUAUAAUAUCGCGUAAUAUUCAUUGUACUCAUUAAAAUAUUGUCAUGAAUUUUAACAAAAAAAAAAGUUAAAAGUAUAUAGAUAAGAUGUUGAAUGUAAAAAUACGUUAAAUAUUUCAUAUUACUCUGAAAAAUUUGCUAUGAACUAAAUUAAAUUUAUGAAAAAAAGUAUUAUGUAGGUGGAAUUUAAGUCUUAAUAUUUGGUAAUAAUAAUUAUGUUAUGGUAGUUGUUGAUCAUAUUUCGUAAAGUUAUAGAUACUAUGAUAGAUAUAUAUUACGUACUGUAGAAUAUUAGAACGGAAUGAAUAUAGGAUCGUGGUAUACUGAUAUUGAUAGAUGAAAUAAAUCGAAAUAUUUUGAAAAUUUAUCCCAACUAGAUUCAAUUAAUGAGUUUUAAAUUUUCACGGUAAAUGAUUGCAUCUAUUAAAAAAAUAAUAAUGAGAGGCAUUGUUAUAAACAAUUUAAAAAGAUUUAUUCACUUGCCUCCCUUGUAACAUAUUAUACUUACAUGAAGAUAAUAUUCAUAAAAAAUGUAGCCUGAAAUUUUUUACCUGCAAUUAAAAUUAAAAUUUUAACUAAUGAUACUCAUAAAAAUCCACUUGCA